AUGGCUUCUCUUGGAUGGACGUGGCCGAGCCUCAUUGUGCGCAGUGACGUGGUCGCUGUCGGCAUGCUGCUCGCAGUCGCGACAUUUUACAACUUUUACUUCACGAUCCGGUAUCCCCGCAAUCUCGCCAGAGUCGGGCGCAAGCCUGGACAGACGGGCUUUACCCUGCGCACACGAUGGCAGUAUUACACCGACUGCGAGUCUCUCUACCGAGAGGCCUAUGAGAAUUACUCUAAACAAGGGAAAACCGUCCUUAUCCCGGGGCUCGGUUGCCGGGACGAGAUCGUUCUGCCCUUUAGCGCGAUUCAAUGGCUUAUCGAGCAGCCCGAGGGGACCCUGAGCGUCUCGCAGGCCCUCGUCGAGAUCGAGCAGGUUACUUAUAGUCUAGGGAGCCAGAGAUUUGCGGCGGACGCACGGCCCAUCCCCCUUGUAAAGAGGGAUAUGGAUCAAGUAAUGGAAGCCAGGGGUGACGCGCUGAAAGAGGAGCUGGCUGUGGCUUUCGACACCUUAUUGGGGGACGACACGCAGAGCUGGAGAGAGAUUGACUUGUACAAGACCGUGGAAACGGUCAUCGCCCAAGUUGCGACUUACUUUACUCUAGGCUCCUCGGUCGAGGGUUUGCAGCUAUGUCGGAAUGAAGAGUAUCACGAAAGUUGCUUGGCCGCCAUUGAUGGGCUCUUGUUGAACGCGGGUAUCACAGGCGCCAGCCCGAAUUUUCUUAAACCGGUGGUCGGUAGGCUCGCCAGUCUACCGCUCUCACGCAACAUAGCCAAGCUUGGCCGGCAUGUUCGCCCACUGUAUGAGGAGCGCAUGCGACUCCUCCACCGAAACAAGGAAGACCCGGACGUGCCCAUGCCGCAGGACCACUACCAGAUGAUGCUCCGAUACGCCGCGGAGCACAUGCCAGAAGAGCUCAACCCCGACGACAUGUGCCGGCGGUUAUGCGUGGCCAACUUCGGAUUGAUCCACCUGCCCAGAGUCCAGUUGACAAACAUGAUACUCGACAUUCUGGGCUCUGACGCCGAGUUCGACACCGUGGCCGUUCUACGCGACGAAAUCGCCCGCGUCAUUGGUGCCGCGCCUGAUGGUACUUGGACCAAGGCAAAGGCCGCCGCGAUGAGUCGCAUCGACAGCGUCGCCCGCGAGACGCUGCGCACCCACAGCUUCGCCAACCGCACCGUCCCGCGCAAGGUUCUCGUCGACGGACUCGUCACCGAGGACGGCGUCUCGCUGCCGAAGGGCGCCAUGGUCUCACUCUUCAACCGUGGGCCGCAGACGGACGCCGAGCACCUCGAGGAGCCCUGCAAGUACGAUCCGUUCCGCUUCUCGCGCCUUCGCGAGGCAGCCAGCGACGCCGAAGGCCGGCCGGGCCUUGGCUCUUUGAGCUUUACUUCCACGUCUAAACAAUAUCUGCCAUUUGGCCACGGUAAAACCGCCUGUCCCGGUAGAUUCAUAGUUGACUUUGAGCUCAAAAUGAUCACUUCCUAUUUGUUGAUGCACUACGAUAUAUGCUUUCCCCCUGAGAAUGAGGGUAGGAGGCCGCCGAACAUUUGGCUGCUUGAAACCUUGGUGCCUCCCCCUGGGGUGAAGAUCAUGGUGAAGAAGAGGCUCGGCGUCUCGUCCGGUGAUGCGACGCAAGCUCCGGACGGUGAGAGCAGGGUAUAA